ACAUUGUUUCUCAUUCGGCAAAACCAACCGAUUAUGUCAUCACCAGCGCCGAUUAUCAUCGACCUUAUCCGAUCAUCUUCUCCAACCUUCACCAUCGCUCAUAAACCAGCAAAAUCAUCUUCCUCCAAUGGCCAAAUCAAACAAUCAGAUUCACUCUCCACCACUCGCAGGAACGCCAUCAUCUCAUUCUCCUUCCUCUCAUCUCUCCUCCUUCCCCUUCCCCUUCCCGCCACCGCCUUCUCCAUCGGCAUCUCAGGACCAAAGGAUUGGUUGAGAGAUCAAAAGAAGAAAUCGUCCAAGUUCCUUUUAGCUCCCAUUGACGCUACUCGCAACAGCCUCCGCACCGCCUAUCUCUUACUCACUAAAUCUGAUAACGAUGAUAAGGACUCGGAAGAGAUUCAGAGGCUACUUGUAUCAGCUUCUAGGGAUUGCGUUCCUGAUGAACGUAGUUCAUUUGUUACAUUUCAAGCUAGUACUGGAGUUGAGGUUUGUACUUUUCAGCUGAUUUUGAAGAAUGCAGCUUCUUUACUUGGUGAUAAGGAUCCUGUGAAGUUAGAAGCUGAAGAACAACUCAGAGAUCUUAUUAGGUAUUUUACCUCUCUUAGUGCACAGGCAAACAAAAUAGACAUUCAGUUGCCUUCUAGUAGGAAACAAGUUGUUGGUGUGCUUAUGGACACCAUAUCAUCUCUUGACAAAUUUGAGGAGGGUGUCAAAAAUUGCCUUGAGAUAUAAACAACUAGAUGCAUGAAUCCAUUUGAAAACUAUAAUUUAUUCAACUAAAAAUAUCAAGUUGUAUCUCAAUUCAAUUUAGUUUUAAAAACUAAUUAUUAUUUUUUUGUUUGGUAAAAAGUGUGAUUGGAUA